AGUCCGUAGCGAUUUUGGCCCAAGAGCCGACAGGAGGCAGCAUCCGCUCGCUUUGCCCAUCUUGUUCUUGCUACGAUUUUCCUUUCAGAUUCAUACCCGUGGGUGAUUCUGCUCUCGCCGCUCUCCGUGUGAUCGGGCGGCGCAGGCACCUUAACAUACAUAAUUCGCCAGACUACAACACAGCAGUUCUCGCCUUUUCUGCUUUUCGGGACGCCUCAUCACGAUCUUGCAGCCGGCGCCCCGCAAGCUCCGACCUCUAACACAAAGUCGCCUACGUACAUCGAGGUCUACAUCUUCAACGCGACCUCGAAGUGCACCACGGGCUGCCACAUCGAGCCCGAUUCCAGGAAACUGUCGAAGAUGCGCGUGUUUCUGGCCAGUUCUCAUCUCACGAGAUAUCUUGCAUGCCGAAAAUCGUGGCUCAGCGCAAUACCAGUUCGCACCGUUCCGCAUUGGCGUACCGCCAUAUACCUGUUGUGCCGCCUGGUGUUUGGGACACUCUUCAAAAGGAGGCGCCUGAGUUCAUCCCUGCCAGUUUCCCUGGGAGCACGGCCGCGCCCGCUGCCGCACAGGAACAGCCGCAGAGCAGCCAGACCGAGACGCUCCAACCACCUAGGCAACCAGCGCCUGACGUGGGCCACCCACCCACCGACGUGCUGCGAUCCGCGGCGGCAGAGGCGCUGGCUGAAGCACCAGCGAGGUCUCACACGGCCGACUCGGCAGACGAGGCAGACGUGGGCCAGGCAGCUGGCAGCCAGAGCCAGGCGGCCGAAGCAGGCCGCGAUGCCUCGGAGGACCAGGCGGAGGCACGGCGCCUGGACGGCAGGCCUGGCUCUAGCGCAGCGGGGGCUCCAGAGGCUGCCGCGCGGGCUGCCGCGCCUUCCGACGCAGCCUUGGACGGUCGCGGUGCCAUUGCCGGCCUCGAGAUAGAGGAGCAGGCCGCAUACAUCGAGGUUUCCAUCACCGAGCUCUCCGCCUUCGUCGUCUACGAGGCCGCCACGGCGAGGCGUGAUGGCGCCACGCCAAAGGCCCUUCGCGCCGCCUGGGACCGGCUACCUCCCGAAGACCAGGCAGCCCGGGUACCGCGUCAGCCACGUCGAGAAUUCGCCAUGGACAAGAAGUGGGCGCCCCUGCUGUCCCGCAACACCGACGACCAGCUCGAAACCUGGGACGCCCUCGACAUCCCGCUCAGCCUCCGGAGGCCAUGACAAGUCUCCGCCGACGCCUUCGAGGAGCAGUCCGCGAGCUCCAGCGAGACCGAGAGCGACAGCGAGGCCGAGCCAGAGGCCCUGCAUUCGGGAACGCCGGCGGGCGCAGCGCCUUCGGAGGCCCACCCGAGGCGGCACGUUUCCUUUGAGAACAAGGUGCGUUUUCUGGACAACCCCUGAGGCAAUGAGGCGCCCCCCACCUCCUUCACUUUCCUCCCCUUUCCUAGCUCACCGCAGCCCCCGAGGCGGCCGCCCCUGUUCGCAUGGGUUCUGGGUAUUGCAUGGUGGGUGACGGCGAGGUGGGGGGGGGGGCGGAGGAAGCCUCGCGGCACAAGAACGCUGCCACCGCCCCGAUGCAGGCCCGCUGGCGUGCACAGUCUUGAUCACCCCUCCCCCCCCUCCUUCCUGCUAAAUCAUUUCAUCUCCCCCUUUUCCUGCUCCUGAAGACCCUCGUCGUUGGCACGAACUGUUAUCUCGUACAGCGCCACCGAUUCUUGGCAACUGUAGGUUGCGGUGCUGAACCCGAGAACAAGUGAUUGAAAAACACCGGGGGACGGACCCGCAACAGUGCGAGUUACGCCUUUGUUUGCAAACGCUGUCGAGGGAUUUGCUCGGAGGUUACUGGAGUGAGCCGCCAAGCCCCAGACGCGCUGGCUGGGACAGCCUGCUUUUAGCUUCAGCGAACAGAGCUCCACGCCGCACUGCGCCUCUCCUUCCGCCCGCUGGCACGCACGCCCCGAGGCGACUUCUAGGUGAACUGCGAGCUUAUGUUAUCUCCCAACCUCCCCCCACUUCCUCGCCCUUCUUCUCCCAUUCUCCCGUCGGACGGGCUGGGC